CCAAGUCGCCAACGCGAUCCAGCCAGCCAAGUCCAACCAAACGCGCACCCACCAACGCCACCCGAAGCUUCGGCCCCUGUCUAAACUCCGACCCGUUCCACCGCCUCGCCGUCCACUUCCAAACCCAACCACCCCCACCACCGCCGUGAUCCCCUCCAAUCCCUUCGCCGGCGACCACCGGCCGCCGGCGACUCCGCCUCCGCCGCCAUGCCGCCCUCCUACACCCCGACCGCCCGCCUCCGCCUCCUCGUCCUCUUCCUCGCGUCCCUCUCGCUCCUCUUCGCCCAAACCCUAGCCUCGUCCUCCGCGGAGGCCGAGGUCUCCGACCCCUGCGCCGCCCCCGUGUCGGACGGGGGCAGCGAGGCCCAGCUUUGCCCCGUGCGGUGCUUCCGGCCGGACCCGGUCUGCGGCGCCGACGGGGUCACGUACUGGUGCGGGUGCCCCGAGGCCGCCUGCGCCGGCGCGCGCGUGGCGCGGCGCGGGUACUGCGAGGUCGGGGCCGGCUCCGCGCCCGUCUCCGGGCAGGCGCUGCUGCUCGUCCACAUCGUCUGGCUCUUCGUGCUCGGCGCCGCCGUCCUCCUUGGCUUCCUCUGAUGUGCGCGCGCCACCCGCUACACCUCCUCCCUCCCCCCUCUGUAGUUGAUUUCUCCACAUUUAUCCGUUUCGCGAUUAUUUUUCUAGGUUGGUAUUAGUGCGCUGUUAUAUGAUCUGAGGGAUGUUGCUGCAACAAUUUGUUGUAAACUUGUAAGUUUGGAGGAUUUCGUCGAGAGAUGUCACACGAUUUCGUCGAGAGAUGUCACACAAUUCUUUCAUAGAUCUGUUUGAUUGGCCUGGGCUCUCAUUUCAGAGCUGAGCUGUGCAGAUGGGUCGUGAUCUGUAGUUGAGAUCAUGUUUUGACAGUUUGUAAAUGUAUGCUAACAAUUGCAGCGAUCAGUUUCAUGGUUUUGUACAAAAUCGAGCUUCAUGGUUUACCAUUUUUAAUGUGCUCUGUUCGUUUUGUUCUA